AUGAUGAAUGCUGCCGCCCUCGCUAGCCGCGCAGUCAUCGCCGCCAGCCCUGCCAUCGCCCGUCGUGGCCUCGGCGUCAACCACACCCAAGGCGUGACGCUAGGAAUAAUAGCCGUUUACGUCGUCGUUAUUGCUCUUUUAUGGAACAUUCCCUAUAUCCGAUGGGUCUUAUGGCCUUUCAAGAUGCUCGUCAUCGCCUUCCACGAAUUCGGCCACGCAAUCACCGCCUGCUGCACCGGCGGGAGGGUCGAGUCCAUCUCGCUCGAUCCGCACGAAGGCGGCGUGACGCACAUGCGCGGCGGCAUCAGCGCUGUCACGCUGCCAGCCGGCUAUCUUGGAUCUUCGUUCAUUGGCGCGCUGCUCAUUUUCUGCGGGUUUGAUAUUGUGGCGAGCAAGAUCGCGAGUAUUGUGCUUGGUGUCUGCUUUUUACUUAUCCUGUGGUGGGCGCGGAAGGAUUGGCUUACUAUUGUGACGAUUUUGGCGGCCGUGGGAUUGUUGGUGGGUUGUUGGUUCAUUGACCAUGCCGAGCCGCUUAGGUUUGUUGUGCUCUUUAUUGGCGUCAUGUCGUCUCUAUAUAGCGUCUGGGACAUCUGCGACGAUCUUAUUCUUCGAAAGGUAAACAGCUCUGAUGCGAGCGUGUUCGCGAAGCGAUAUGGAGGCUCUUCGCAGUGCUGGGGCGUUAUCUGGUCUAUUAUUUCUUUCCUCUUCAUGGUUUGCGGCAUUCUGGCUGGACUCGCGGCGUUCAAGCAAUCGUUUGCGCAGCAAGAGGAUGAUUCCAAGCAUACCAUUCCGACCAUGUAA